AUGGUCUUCAUCCAAAACCACAAGAUGACCACACAUGACCAGUGUGUGUCGGCUGGUGCUGCCUCCCUGCCCUCCAUCAUGGCACGUGUGGAGCGCGGGGGGAUGAGUGAGGGGGGGCGCCCCCAGGGCAUGGGAAUUGUGGCCAGCGGGGAGUUACAGCAUCGAGAGGUCCUCUCAGCAACCUCCACCCUGACCCAUGCUAAGGGGACUACGGCUGACGAACGAAGCUUUGCCACGGUGGAGCACUCUUCUUCUUACUACGGCAGCGAGCGUCCUCCGCCGCUCUGCGAGAGAGCAGAGCGAGAGAGGCCCCCCGCCCAUAACAAUGGAAACAGACAAGUCUCCAAUGGCAAUAGGGGCGUUUCCAAUGGGAACCGAGCAGCGGCAGCGGUGGGUAACAGUGAAAGGCAGGUGUCCAAUGCAGUGUUUUUGAAUGGAGGCGGGCGGCGUGAUGGGCGGGACCAGAGGGAUGGGCGUGAUGGGGGGCGAGAAGUGCCGAGAGGGGCAGUGAGUUUGGACAUUUGCGGGAACAACGAGGUCUCGCUGAACAAUGAUCGAAACAGUAGCCAACAACUAGCUCAGUACAAGGAGGCGGGGGCCAGCGCAGCCAAACUGGAUAACCAUAACAACCCCCCCAACAUCCUCCCCAUCUCUGGGAAGCUGGAGAAGGUUCAGAGCAACGAUGGAUUGGUCCGCCCCUCUGCCUUCAAGCCUGUAGUGCCCAAGAGCUUCCAUUCCAUGCAGAAUCUGGUGUGCCCCCCCCAGACCGGAGGAGAGGGCCGCAGCGCUGGAGGAGGGGCUGGAGGUGGUGGGGGUCCCAGUGUACCAGGACCCCUCAGAGACACAGACAGCUCUGGCAGCCGGGGUGGAGGUACCAGAGGCGGGGGAGGUGGUGGCAGCAGGGGUGGAGGUCAGGGGAGCCUCUCCGACUCAGGGAGGAACUCUCUAACCAGCCUGCCCACCUACGCUGGCUCCAGCUCAGGCUACGGGCCCCCGCCUGUCCUUGGGCCCCUGAGCGCCUCCACCAGCCACAUAAACCGCCUGGGGACCACAGGGGCCCUGGAGAAGUUGGACAAGUCUGGUGGCGUUAGCGGUAAUGGUGGAUACCAGAACGGACUGAGCACCUCGGAUAGUGGUCGCUCCUCCUCUGGGAAGAGCUCCUCGUCCUAUCAGAGGCUCAGCCACCUGAGUGACGCCCCCCCGUCCCUCCGCCCCUCGCCCUCCUCCGAUGGCGUCAUCCAGGACCUGGAGGAUCGGCUAUGGGAGAGAGAGCAAGAGGUGCUCCACAUGCGCCGUAACCUGGACCAGAGUGAGGCGGCCAUCGUCCAGGUGUUUGAGGAGAAGCAGCGCGUAUGGGAGCGCCAGAUGGACGAGCUGCGGCAGAAUUAUGCCUCACGCCUGCAGCAGGUGACGCGUCGCGCCCAGCGCUCCCAGAGUGCCUUGCAGGCCCAGAUCAGCCGUCUGUCGCAGGACAAGCGACGCCUGCACGAGGAGAUGGCUGCGCUGCUGGCCCAGAGAGAGGAGCUGGAGAGGAAGUGCCUGGACUACAGGAAGGAACAGGCUGACAUCCUGCCACGCCUGGAGGAGACCAAAUGGGAGGUGUGUCAGAAGGCAGGGGAGAUCUCCCUGCUGAAGCAGCAGCUGAGGGAGAGCCAGGCGGAGGUGACCCAGCGGGCGGGGGAGAUGGUGGCCCUGCGGGGCCAGCUGAAGGAGGCCAACGCCCAGUUGAGGGACUGGGAAGAGGCCAUGUUGGGCCUCAAGGACUCCUACAGCACCAAGAGCCUGGAGCUGGAGCGCUGCGAAGGGGAGCUGCAGAGGACGCUGACCGAGGUUUCUCUGCUGAGGGACAAGCUGGGCAUGUUUGAGGCUGAGGUGGUGGGGCUGAAGCGGGCUCUAGGUGAGCUCAGUGCGAGGGAUAGGGCUAUCGAGGCUAGGGGUGGCGGAGGAAGCAGGGAAGCAUCCAGGACCAGAGGGGGGCUUUCCUCCCCACACAGCCCACCUGAGGGCUCUGCCUUCUCCUACCCAGCCCUGCCUCCACCCCCUGUACCUCCCCCAGAUGCCAUACUGAGUUUGCAGAGCGAUGAAGCUAAAGUUCAGCGCCAGGAGGCCCACCAGCGCCAGGAGGCCCACCAGCGCCAGGAGGCCCACCAGCUUCAAGAGGCUCAAUUGCGGCAGGAAAUCCACCAGCAGCGCCAGGAGGCCCACCAGCAGUGGGAGGAAGCGGGGGAUCUGCGUCGGCAGCUGGAGCGCCUCCAAGGCGAGCUGCGUCUCGAGCGGCAGCAGCGCGAGCGGCAGGCCCUCACUUUCAAGAAGGAGCGCCACGUGUGGAUGGACGAGAAGGAGCGUGUGCUCAAGUACCAGGCCCAGCUGCAGCUCAGCUAUGUGGAGACCCUGCAGAAGAACCAGGCCCUGGAGCUCCGCGUGGGCCAGCUGGGCUCCAAGCUCACCUCCACCAACACCACCCCCUCGCCCACCUCACCACCCCCACUGUCCCCCAUCCCCCUGCCUGCCCCCGUCACUCCCCUACCCUCCCUCNGCCUGCCCCCGUCACUCCCCUACCCUCCCUCUCUCUCUCCCCACCUCCCCUUGCUGAGGACAAGAAGCUCCCUCCCGCCCUCCACCAGCUGGCCCCUCCCUGGCCGGUACUCACCCGUCUGGAGAGGAUAG